AUGAAACGUUUGGAGCAGCAGUUAUCAACCACGUCCAUACAUGAAACCCAGUCUUCGAACUCGGUAAGAAAUCACUCAGACCCGCCAUCAGGAGAUGAUCUGCUUAUUAGUAUAUUCUCUCGACUGCCCUUAAAGUCUAUAGCUAGGUUUCGCUGCGUAUCGAAAUUCUUGGCAUCCAUCCUUAGCCGUCAUGAUUUCACUGAGCUAUUUUUGACCAAGUCUUUGACUCGUCCACGGCUCCUUUUCACCGUAAAAGCUACUAAUGGCAAGUUGUUGUUCUACUCUUCACCUCAGCCUCACAAUCCAGACAAUAACUCUUGUCUGGUUCCUACCCCUUAUCAUACGUCUUCUUUUCCAGAAUAUCUUCCAAGCGAUAUAUGUAGCACGGUCUGUGGAUUGGUAUUGCUUCAGGGAUGGAAAAGAAAGGUGCGAGUGAUUUGUAAUCCUGCCACCGGAGAGUUCUUAACCUUACCCAAAGUGAAAGUUAAGAGUAACCCCACAGAGAUUGCCCAAACUAAAACGUAUUUAGGGUAUGAUCCGAUCGGGAAACAGUUCAAAGUAUUGUGUGUCACCUUUUCACGUGAUGAAAGACCCAAGACUCAUCAGGUUUUGACAUUGGAGUCUGGAAAACGUGUAUGGAGAACGGUCGAACACAAGUUCUAUUUUGAGGAUAACUUUAAAAUGAGUGGUGACGUAUGCAUAGACGGUGUUUUGUAUUUCGGAGCUGCCGUUGGACGAUCUUCUAUGAUAGUUUGCUUCGACGUUGGGUCUGAAAAGUUCAGCUUUAUUAACACAAAUGAAGACAUGAGAAUACAGUAUCCUUGUUUAGCAGGUUCGUUGACAUUGUUCAACUACAAAGGUAAAUUAGGUAUACGGCAGGAUUCAGAUAAUAUGUUUUGUGAAAAUGAACUUGUGUUGUGGGUUCUAGAAGAUGCUGGAAAUCAUAAAUGGUCCAAGCAUAGCUAUGUAUUGUCUCCUUUGGGGUCCGACCUAGUCCAAUAUAACAGGUUUAUUGGAAUGACUAGUACAGGUGAAGUUGUUUUUUCAGAAUUGUCACAAUUGCACGAACCAUCAGACCUUUUCUACCUUUCCUUCUACAAUUUGCAGUCGGGGACUUUUAAAAGGGUCUACUUUCAGGGACUAGAAGAGUUUAAGCAACAAUUUACAACUCCUCACACCUUUCUAGACUAUGUUGAGAAUAUAAAGUUUAUACUAAAUUUCAAUCCAAUCACAAAUAAUGCAUUCACAACAAGCUAA